AUGCUGAGGUAUCCGCUAACAACAGUGGUAUUCUACGGUAUAUCGAGCAUUUUGGAUGCAUUUGAUGGGUAUGCUGCAAGAAAAUUCAAUCAGGGCACGAGGUUCGGUGCGGUUUUGGAUAUGGUGACCGAUCGUUGUGCCACAUCAAGUUUGAUUGUCUAUUUAGCCGUGUUAUAUCCCAAAUUCACAGUGGUUUGGCAAUUACUAGUGAGUUUGGACUUGGCAUCUCAUUAUAUCCACAUGUACGCCAUGUUAUCUGCUGGCUCAACGUCGCAUAAGAACGUUGAAGCUUCUCAGUCAAAGUUGCUUUCCUUGUAUUAUACAAAUAGAAAAGUCCUUUUCUCCGUAUGUGCAGUUAACGAGUUGUUUUAUGUAGCUAUUUAUUUACAUUACUAUGGGUUUUAUUGGCUCGGCGGGGUUAUGGCGGUUGUUAGUGCACCUAUUUGGGUUUUUAAACAAAUUGCAAAUGUCAUCCAAAUGAAAAGUGCCCUGAUUAUUUUGGCAAAAUUAGAUGUUGACGAACGUAAUAAAAGAGUUGAUUAG